AGCCACCCCUCCAACACACACACACACACACACACAAAGGAACUUCCGUUCUGAAAGCAGCUGUGUGCUGGACUCCUGUUAGUCACUUCCUGGUCUCAGAGUGCAGUUGGAGUUUAGAUCAAACGUCUCGCUCUGCCGCUGAAACACUGAAGCCUGUGUGUGUGUGAGUGUGUGUAUGAAUGUGUGUGUGUAAGUUUGUGAUGUAGAUGGCCAAUCCGAGUGUAUUCAGAGCUGAGAGAUGAGUUUCGAAGUGAUUCUAGAGGAAACUCUGAUCAAACGAUCGCAGCAGAAGAAACGUACUUCGCCACUCAACUAUAAGGAGCGAGUUUUCGUCCUUACCAAGACCAAACUGACCUACUACGAGGGACGCAUCGAGAAGAAGUUCAAGAAGGGCUCCAUUGACCUCCAGCGUGUCAAGUGUGUUGAGAUUGUAAAAAAUGGAGGUCUGGUUAUCCCAUGCGAAAAUAAAUACCCCUUUCAGGUGGUUUACGAUACAAACACUUUGUAUAUUUUUGCUCCCAGUAAUGAAAGCAGGAGUGCAUGGGUACAAAACAUGAAGGAGGAGAUAAAGAACAAUCCUCAGGUGAUGGCCAAGUUUCACCCUCAGUUCUGGCAGGGGGAGUGGCUCUGCUGCGGACAGGAGGAUAAACUGGCUCUGGGCUGUGAGGAGUACAACCUGUUUGGAGAUAUUUCAAGGAAACCUCUUCCCCCUAUUCCUAUUCCGGAAUCUAAGACUCGACGCCCACUGCCACAGCCUCCCCCUACUGAGGAGGAAGAAGAGGAGCCUAAGGAGGAAGUGGUCAUCGCACUGUAUGAUUUUGAAGGACCAGAAAAUCAGGACCUCACACUGCAUCAGGGGGAAGAGUACAUCAUCAUCGAGAAGUGUGAUAUCAACUGGUACAAAGCACGCAACAGAUGCGGGGACGAAGGGUACAUUCCUAGCAACUACGUAACCCCAAAGAAGCCAGAUAAUUUGGAGCAGUUUGUGUGGUACUGCAAAAAUAUGAACCGCAACAAAGCAGAGGAGCAGCUAAGGAAAGAGGAUAAAGAGGGAGGUUUCAUGGUGAGAGACUCCAGUUCCGGUGCUUACACUGUUUCGCUAUACACAAAGUCUUUGGGUGAUGGAGGCCCAGCGAUUAGACAUUACUAUAUUAAGGAGACUCAGAGUUCACCUAAACAGUUCUACCUGUCAGAGAAACACCAGUUCAGCAGCAUCCCUGAGCUCAUAGAGUACCACAAACACAAUGCAGCAGGUUUGGUGAGCAGACUGCGUUAUCCUGUAAACAGACAUAGCAGAGCAGCACCAACGACAGCAGGAUUCAGCUAUGAUAAGUGGGAAAUUAACCCCUGUGAGCUGACCUUCAUGAAGGAGCUCGGCAGCGGGCAGGUCGGAGUGGUGCGACUGGGAAAAUGGAGAGCGCAGCACAAAGUGGCCAUUAAAGCCAUCAGAGAGGGAGCCAUGAGUGAAGAGGACUUUAUAGAGGAAGCCAAAGUGAUGAUGAGUCUGUCCCACCCGAAGCUGGUCCAGUUGUAUGGUGUGUGCACGCAGCAGAGGCCCAUCUACCUGGUGACGGAGUUCAUGGAGCUUGGCUGCCUGCUGAAUUACAUUCGUCAGCGCAGAGGUUCCUUAAGUCCCCAAAAUCUGCUCAGCAUCUGCCAUGACGUCAGCCAGGGCAUGCAGUACCUGGAGGCAAACCGCUUCCUCCACCGUGAUCUGGCUGCUAGAAACUGCCUUGUAAACGAGUCCCUUGUGGUGAAAGUGUCAGACUUCGGCAUGACCAGAUACGUUCUGGAUGAUCAGUACCUCAGUUCCUCAGGAGCCAAGUUUCCAGUGAAGUGGUCUCCACCUGAGGUCUUUAACUUCUGUCGAUACAGCAGCAAGUCUGAUGUCUGGUCCUUCGGUGUGUUAAUGUGGGAGGUGUUUACUGAGGGGAAGAUGCCUUUUGAGAACAACCUGAACCACGAGGUCGUGACCAUGGUGAUGCAGGGUCAUCGCCUAUAUCGCCCUAAAAAAGCUGCGCCACACAUCUACGAAAUCAUGCAGCAGUGCUGGCAGGAGACACCGGAGGACCGGCCAUCUUUUAAACAGAUCACGCAGAUGAUCACGGAUGAGCUGGAAACAGAUAGCCCCGCCUGAUCCUGAUCACUGAUUGGACAAUUUGACUCAGUGCUUAUGCAUAACUGCUCAUAAAUCUCCUCACUGGAUUACACGAGUGACUGAUAGAACCUUCCGGAAUCAUUUAGUGUGAAACGCAGCUGCAAGUCAGUCAAGUGUGUGUGUGUGUGUGUGUGUGUGUGCAGCUGCCUGUACAAUCGUAUAAUAAAAGAAAUAACAAUCA